AUGCCGAAAAUAAGGGAUAAAGCGACAAUCACUUGGAUCGUGAAUGGAGAAGAGGUGGAUGAGGAUGUGAUCUUGUAUGAUGAGGACGAGGAGAAUGUGGAUUUCGAGAAGGAAGAGGAACACGAAUCUUCGGAGAAGGACUUCGACACUUUCGAGCACGAUUUGAUGUGUCAGAUCGAUAUGGUAAUAUUGAAUGAUGUAUUAGAGAAGGUUGCAAUAUUGAAAGCCAUCGCGCAGAAAGAUUUGAAGCCUUGUGAAUUUAAAUUCCCGAAAUACAAGAGUAUUGAAGAAAGGUAUGGAGACAAGAUUGAUUACGGCGGAGAAUUUUAUUCCGAAGCUAAGAAACGUUUAUUGGAUUUGACCACUCUCUACAGUGUAAUAUUCAAGACUAUCGAGGAUAUUUGGAAGUUGAAUUCAAUCGCUUCUUUGGUAGAAGGUACGAGCAUUUUGAAGAAACUUUAUCGGGAGGAAAAUGAGUUAUUCCACGACGAUGUUUACACGAUCCAAGUGGAGAAUGAUAUGAAGAAUAAGCUCUUAACGCAAGGCGGUAUCUUGGAUAAACAGUACAAAGACAAAUUGGAGCUUUUGCGGCGAUUAGAAUUGGAAUUCGAGAGAUCCAUCGGCUAUGGUAAUUUGGAGUAUAAAUACAUGGAGCGAUGGGAGUACUCUCGCAAACAUCAAGGUAAAAUAAUGCUCGAGGAUAAAGAGGCGCAUUUCGAAGAAAUCGUCAAUAACUCGCAAAUGCAGAUGGAACUGCAGAAGCGCAUCCAUACUGACAUCGUUCGUUACUUCGAGGAGAGUCAAGAGGAUAUGCAAAGUCAGAUUCAAUAUUGGAUGGAUCGGUAUGAAGAGGAGGUUGAGGUGAGGGAUGCAGAACUGCUGCGUAUGAGGAUGGAAAGGGAUCAACAGAUGGAAUAUUACUUGGCCCAAAAAGCCAUGUACGAAGAGCACGCAGAGUUUGUUAUCUAUUGGGGAGCGAUACGAGAGGAACGUAGGAUCGCCGCAGAGAUUUUCGAGAGGGAAACCAAAGCGGCUAUCAGAAUUCAAGCUUGGUGGAGAGGGCUUAUGGUGAGGAAGAAGUUGGGUCGUUUCGGGAAGAAGAAGCGCGGCAAGAAGGGUAAAGGUGGUAAGGAUGCAAAGAAAGAUAAGAAGAAAAAGAAGUAA